AUUGUUCUCCAACGAUAUCUACUCUUCCGAUGGCAUACAAUCAACCCCCAUACCAAGGUGGAGGCUAUGGGGCUCCACCUCCAGGCCGUAAGUCAAGAAUUCGCAGUGACCUCAACAGCUGAACUGAUGGAUUGGCACGCAGAAUAUCCUCCUCAAGGCUACCAACAACCUCCUCCCCAAGGCUACCCCCCGCAGCAAUACGGCGCGCGCCGCAAGGUCGUUAAAUAUCCUCCACAGCAAUACCCCCCUCAGCAAGGAGGUUACCCACCUCAACAAGGAUACGGUGCUCCCCCACCACAGCAGGGCUACGGAGCUCCUCCCCCCCAACAAUACGGCCAGCCCCCUUAUGGCUCCCCAGCGCCCCCACCUCAAGGAGCUUACGGUGCCCCUCCACCCCAAGCAUACGGACAGCCCCCACCACAGCAAUACGGAGCACCUCAAGCAUACGUUCAGCCGACACCUCCAUCCCUUGGCUACGGGCCCGCUCCAAAUAUACAAUGGGACCCAACACAAGACGCCGAGGCCCUACGAAAGGCAAUGAAAGGAUUCGGCACAGACGAGAAGACGCUCACCCGCGUACUCGCGACCAAAGACCCCUUACAAAUCGACGUCCUGCGCAAAGGCUACAACCACCGCUUCGGUCGAGACCUCAUCAAAGACGUUAAGAGCGAAGUCAGUGGCUGGUUCGAGACAGGAUUGUGUGCUAUUAUCCGCGGUCCUUUGAAUCAAGAUGUGUACCUCUUAUACGAAGCCAUGAGUGGACCGGGCACAAAGGAGAAAGUCCUAAAUGAUGUACUUUUGGGGAGAUCGAAUGCGGACAUGCGGGCUAUCAAGGAAACAUAUCACAAGACCACCCACCGAACUCUCGAACACGAUGUCAAAGGGGAUUUGAGCAUGAAAACCGAGCGGCAUUUCUUGAUGGUUCUGGCGGCGAAUAGAGCCGAGGAAAGCGCACCUGUUAUCCCACAACAAAUCGAUCAUGAUGUGAUGGAGCUGUACAAGGCAACUGAAGGCAAGAUGGGCACUGAUGAAUUGCUUGUAUGCAAUAUUUUGAGCCAGAGGAGCGAUGCUCAGAUUAGUGCAAUUGCGCAUACCUACAGGCAGAAGUUUACUAGGGAUUUGGAAACUGUCAUUAAGAAGGAAUUUUCGGGUCACAUGGAAGCAGCCCUCCUCCAACAACUCCGAACGGGCACCGACAAAGCCAUGCGCGAUGCCCUCCUCCUCGAAGACGCCAUGGCCGGCGCUGGCACAAAAGAUCACCUCCUCACAAACCGCGUGGUUAGAGUUCACUGGGAUAGAAAUCAUCUACAGCAGGUCAAAGGCGCGUACCACCACCUGUUUAAGAAGAGUCUCACGAACAGGAUCAAGGGGGAGACGAGUGGGGAUUAUGAGAAGUUGCUUGUUGCUUGUUGUGGUGAGAAUUAA